AUGCGCUUCCCACGAACCGGAAAUCUUCUCCCAGAGAUAUACUUAUUCAUUCUUGUGCUCCUCUGCAGCGAGUGUUUCGUCUGCAAAGCCGGGAAGCAGGAAACCGUAGCCAUUCAUAGAAACUUCACAUAUAAUGGCAUAUCGUACGCGCGCUUCAGAUACAACGAGAUGAAAUAUUUGGACUUGUCCGGUAAAGUUGUCAGGUCUGUCCGGAAUGUGUCCGAGUGCGGCCAUCAAUGUCUUCGUGACCUCACAGGGUUGUCAUUCAACAUAGGAAUUCUACCAGACGCCAAUGGUAACUUAACAUGUGAGGUCUUGCCCGGUGAUCGAUUCUUGAACGAGAGUAAAUACCAAGACAGCAUCACCUAUAACCACUAUAACCUAUACACGGAGUGUGAGCGGGCUCCCUGUGGUGACCAAAACACCUGCAUCCCGAGCUACGAGACGGGUGAUUUCUACUGCGCAUGUGCGAUUGGAUUCUUUGGACUUCUUUGCAAAGAUGUCGAUGAGUGUAACGGUAGUUCCCAUGGCUGUCCAAGCAGUGCAAGUUGUGUCAAUACUCAUGGAUCGUACUACUGCACGGGAUACGGGACCCCGUGGAACCUCGUUGCGCGCUUUUCAAAUGCGGAUGCUUUGAACUGGAUGAGCGAUGAUGGCCUAUGGUGGUUCGACCUGCUGUCUGGCGUCGGUGAUCAGCUGAACCCCACCAUCAACAGCGACAUGAUCUCACCGCUAUUCUGGACAAAGAGCGGCCACAAGAUCAAAGUGACCCGCAGCGAUGACCCUACAAACACCCCUCUCCUGGUUACCACCGGUGACUGCUUGGGCGGGAUGACGAUGAGAGGGCUACUAACGAGUUUUGGAAACACUAAGCGUGAUGGCUCAGAUUCCUGGCCCAUGGACUCGUGUAGGCAUAGCUGCGCUGUGACGUAUGGAGGCCUGUAUAAUAUUACCAACGGCUUUGAGCAGUCCUCCUGCAGUGGGCGGGUUCAAUCAAGCAACGCGAUCGGAUUUUUCUGUCAUGGUUGCACGCCAGACGUGUGUGGGGAUGCAGCCGUGAUGUCUAUUGGUGGAGUCGGCGAGGAGUGCGAUAGGGCCGAUCAUGGCAUCGGUGUCACGGAAGCUGACUUUGGGAAAUUCACAUCUGAGUACGGGAUGGCUGACUUCGGGUCGGAUUCGUUAGGUAAAGCUGUUGAUUAUUCGCUUAAUUUGUGGGUAGAAGGCUGACACACUGAACGUGGGCACCGCAUCGUCAACGUUACAACGAAAAAAGCACCGAGUCCCUAAAGCGGUUGGCGACAUGUGACCAGCGAAAAACAAAGCACCGAACCGCCGAAUUGGCUGCCGAAGUAAUAAAUUGGUUGCCGAAGGUAUGACGGACGCGAAGCAUCGAAAUGUCGAAGUGGUUGCCGAAAGUAUGACGGACGCGAAGCACCGAAAUGGUUGCCGAAGUGGUUGCCGAAGGUAAGACGGACGCGAAGCACCGAAAUGGUUGCCGAAGGUUUGACGGACGCGAAGCACCGAAAUUUCGGAGUGGUUGCCGAAGGUCUGGCUAACACAGCAAAGAGUCGCUGGUGAGAGCUAAAUAAGGAACACAUAAGAACAUAGCAACAACUAACAACAGCUGGAGUAACCAAAGUCGAGCGAAGCACGAGCCACGGAAGGAUGGAGAACGGAGCACCGAGGUGGAUACCGAAGGCGGGACGAACGAAGCUCCGAAACGCCGAAAUGUAUGAACGAGACACCGAACCACCGAAGUGAGUGCCGAAAGUUGUAACUUGCUAUAAGCACUCGGCAAACUGACUAAUCAGAUUAAACAGCCUUUUCAUGGAUCUGGCACCAAUGAAGCAGACUUUCUACUGCUCUUGAAGUGUAGUGGUCGCAGUAAAAUAUCUAAAACUCAUUUUAGUCUUUUAUGCGACGUGCGAAGAUGCGGAUCGCUUUAAAUUUCAAGCACAUAGAUAUUGAUGGGUAAAUUCGCCGUCCUUGGGACCUGAUGCGAUCUUGUACUUAUAUAAACUUCUGUAAUUAGCGUAUAAACUUCGUUUUGAUUUUGCAUAAAUGUAGUCAGUUUAGCGUGCAAUUGUGAUAAGUUAGAAAAGGCAGUGAGCAUAAAAAAACGUAAGGUGGAACGAGGGUUAAAUGAAGAGGGCGAAGUAUGGAGACAAUUGCGGGAAUAGAUAUCUUAUAACCACAAUAAAUGAUAUAAAACGAA